GGCUGCCUCCAAAGCAGCUGGAGUUGGCAACCAUCACUGUCCACCCCGCGAGCUGCGAUAGUGCGAGAACUACAAUUCCCGUGGGGCUUUGCGGGAGCAUCGCGAGAGUUACCUUAACUGUGGCGGCGGGACGGCGGACCCUGCAGCUGGCUGGGCGGUUAGGAGGGCCCGGGCCGGAGACGAUGGCUGACAACAACCCUGACAGCGACCCCACGCCGCGCACGCUGCUGCGACGCGUGCUGGAUACAGCGGACCCGCGCACCCCGCGGCGACCCCGGAGUGCUCGGGCUGGAGCCCAGAGAGCCCUGCUUGAAAUGGCUUCCUCCAGGAGGUUGAGUGGCCAAACAAGUACGAUAGCCAGAGGGCGUUCCCGUGGAGCCAGGUCUAUUGGCAGAUCGGCCCAUGUUCAGGCCAGUGGGCACUUGGAGGAACAGACACCUCGGACGCUGCUGAAGAACAUCCUACUAACUGCCCCGGAAUCUUCCAUCCUGAUGCCCAAGUCAGUAGUGAAGCCAGUGCCAGCACCGCAGGUGGUCCAACCCUCCAGACGAGAGAGCAGUUGUGGCAGCCUGGAGCUGCAACUUCCUGAGCUCGAGCCCCCCACAACCCUGGCUCCAGGUCUGCUGGUCCCUGGCAGGAGGAAACAGAGGCUGAGACUGUCGAUGUUUCAGCAGGGAGUGGACCAGGGGCUGUCUCUCUCCCAAGAGUCCCAAGGGAAUGCUGAUGCCUCUUCCCUCACCAGAUCCCUCAACCUGACCUUUGCCACACCUCUUCAGCCACAGUCAGUGCAGAGACCUGGCUUGGCCCGCAGACCUCCUGCCCGCCGAGCUGUAGAUGUGGGUGCCUUUUUGCGGGAUCUGCGAGAUACUUCCCUGGCUCCUCCAAACAUUGUGUUGGAGGACACCCAGCCGUUCUCUCAGCCCACGGUUGGCUCCCACGACGUGUAUCACUCCCUGCCCUGCAUGCCUUACACUGGGGCUGAAGACGCUGAGCGGGCUGCCGGUCGCAAGACACAGAGCAGUGGGCCUGGGCUGCAGAACAAUAGCCCUGGGAAACCAGCCCAGUUUCUGGCAGGAGAGGCAGAGGUCGACGCCUUUGCUCUGAGCUUCCCGAGCACCAGCAGUGGUGUCUCUGGAGAAGAUGAAGUAGACCCCUUACACGAUGGAGUUGAAGAGGCAGAGAAGAAGAUGGAAGAAGAAGGUGUGAGUGUGAGUGAAAUGGAGGCAACAGGAGCACAAGGACCCAGCAGGAUAGAAGAGGCCGAGGGACACACAGAGGUGACAGAAGCAGAGGGAUCCCAGGGGACUGCUGAGGCCAAGGGGCCAGGAGCAUCUUCAGGGGAUGAGGAUGCCUCUGGCAGGGAAGCAAGUCCAGAGUCGGCCUCCAGCACCCCUGAGUCUCUCCAGGCCAGGCGACAUCAUCGGUUUCUUGAGCCAGCCCCAACGCCUGGUGCUGCAGUCUUAUCUUCAGAGCCUGCAGAGCCUCUGUUGGUCAGGCAUCCCCCUAGGCCCCGGACCACUGGCCCCAGGGCCCGGCAAGAUCCCCACAAGGCUGGACUGAGCCACUAUGUGAAACUCUUUAGCUUCUAUGCCAAGAUGCCCAUGGAGAGGAAGGCUCUUGAGAUGGUGGAGAAGUGCCUAGAUAAAUAUUUCCAGCAUCUUUGUGACGACCUGGAGGUAUUUGCUGCUCAUGCUGGCCGCAAGACUGUGAAGCCAGAGGACUUGGAGCUGCUGAUGCGGCGGCAGGGCCUGGUCACCGACCAAGUCUCACUGCACGUGCUAGUGGAGCGGCACCUGCCCCUGGAGUACCGGCAGCUGCUCAUUCCCUGUGCGUACAGUGGCAACUCUGUCUUCCCUGCCCAGUAGUGGCCAGGCUUCAACACUUUCCCUGUCCCCACCUGGGGCCUCUUGCCCCCCACAUAUUUCUCCAGGUCUCCUCCCCACCCCCCCAGCAUCAAUAAAGUGUCAUAAACAGAA